CGUCUUGCACUUGACCCUUGACCGACUUUAUUGCCAGUCAUAUUGUACUUACACUUACGCCACCCUCCCUUCUAAGCCAUCACCUGUCCCCGAGCUUUAGGACCCUCCGACCUAUAUUGGAGGCACCAUAAAUACAAUAAGACGUCAGACCGCUUGCUCUUGAACGUCACCGUCAAUCGAGAACGCUCAUCUCGGCCCAAGCUGGUCUUUUAUGCACGAUAUCCGAUCCUGCCGCCGUGUUUGCGCCAUCCACCAACUUUAUCAUAUCACACUUGUCUGGACACAGAUCUCGAAGUUUCGCUAACUUUGUCUGUGUGCUCGAAUAAAUUAGAACGCAUCCCAAGACAGACAGCAAGGCUUUUUCUUCCACUUCUUUUUUUAAACCUUCAAUACUUCAAUCGUGAGAGUUUCGACUGCGAGUUCGCUCCUUGUCCUCAAACUUGAGCUUCAGUGCGGCCUCACAUCAUCCCCGAGGACAGGGUUUAACGUCCAUCUAUCACAUCACCGUACAUUACGGACCUGAACCCUGCAUUUCGGCGCCCCGCUGCUACUCACAUCCACAUCCUUCCAUUUCCCGAUUUGGACAACCACCUCGACCACAGCUCAAGCAACACCAGCAACACUUCGAAUACAACUCGGGUACUUUAUCCUGCUUCGUCCGCUCAACUCGACUUACCACAGCAUUGCCUCUCAAGAUAUUAUUGUAUCGCCUACUCUAAGCCGCAUUAUCCGCCUCGGCUAUCGUACCGCAUCGCAUCCAUAUAAGUCGACUGUGCAAGCUCAAUACCACAGCUGCUUCCAUGCCUUCUGCGCAUUUGUGUGCCUCAACUACACUUGAACAGCCACUAAAACCCUGAAUCCGAAUAAACACUCUUCACCGCCUAGCUCAACUAGGCUUAUUCUUAUCCCUUCCAAGUCUGCCGCUUCAUCUACGACUCAGACAAAGACAAAGAACCCCUCAACUGCUUCUCCGACCGCCGUGUCCCCCGCGUCGACCAUCCCACAGGACAGCAUCUCCAGACUGCUGCUACUACUAAUAACACUGGACUGGGGCUAGCACGGUACGUGCCAGACGAUAGAUUGGACCUUUUCGCCCGUGCGUUACAGAGUACUCCAGCCAAAGCGACCAAGCCCAUUCUCUGCUUUUUGGCUUGCGGAGUACCUGCACCCCCAGAAAGCGCCCCCCAGCGCUUUAACCCCUUGUAGGUACCUGGCCCUUAUGAACGGACGCCUGGAGGCCCUACACUCAGUGCCCACCAUUUCAACCCCCUCCAACCCCGAUCGUCUCCCUCCGACCCUCCGACUCACGACAUUCAUCUUUCCCACAAUACCUUAUCUGGCUUCAACUCCAUCCGGGAUAUUUUUCGUUGCAGCGCUUGAAUCAACACCCGCCUAGCACUCGCUAUUCGUUUAUGGACUGCAGAUAGCGCACGCUCUGUGCUCUCCAAAUCACAAAUUCAGCUACAACACUCUGUCUGGCCGGUUCAAGCUUGAACUUCGUAACUCAAAACGUACCAUCAACCUUAGCCGAACUGGUGUACGCCCACAAUAUUCCGCCCACAUCCCCCCUCUUGCUAGGGCAACAACAUCCGACUCUUCAACCACGAUACAACAACCUAACCUCUAUCAUCACUGUCACAAUGGCUCAGCACGGUUUCAACCAAUUUGGCAACGGCCACAGCGGGGCGAGUAUCGACCCUAACGAUCUCGCCAUGUCAGGUGGUUAUUCUCCUUCAUUCAACAACUUCAACUCGAACUCUGGAAACGGCACAAAUGGAUUCACGAAUAGCUCCGCUAUGUUCGAUGAUGAUGAGCUUUUGGAUGGUCUAAAUGCACCUCCUGUUACCCAGUCCGGAAUCGCGGGUCAGGGCCAGGACUUUUCAGGACUAAGUAUGGGUGGCUUCUCUCAGAAUGCAUUCCCUCAUCGUAAUUCGGGUCUGCAAAUCGACCAGUCACAUAUGAACGGGUACUCGAGUACCCCCGAUGGAGAUCCCAUUCAAAGCCCAUUCAAUACUGGUUUCAACACCCAGUACCGACAAAUGCAAGGCCACUCACUCGGUACCUCUUUGCAUUCCCCAUUAUCCUACAACGAAUCUCCACUGGCGGGCGCCAUGAACGCCGAUAGCAACGAUCCGAACUUCCUCAACGCUAAAGCGAGAGCCAGAAUGUCCCAGCAGAUGCAGCGGAAGACAUCCAAUAGUCGUAGCCCUAUGUCACCUAUGACCCCCAAAACCGCUACCCUUCACGGAAUGACAAUUGGAUCGCAGGAGUCUCCCGGUUUCGGCGGUCAAGCCAUGAAGUCAGCCAAUGGGCAGUGGCUCAACACCCCUGCUGGAAGCAUCCCUGCAUCUUACAAUUCUGGGUACUCCUCUCCUAUGCAGCCUGGCAUGAAUCAAAUCAGUGAGGUUAUGAUGAAGGGUGGUACUUCGAUGCCCGCGAAGCUUGGUGUCGCUUCAAACGCCGUUUCCUCUCAGGAGAUGAAGAGGAAACGGCGCCGAGAGUCCCACAACCUUGUUGAACGUCGUCGACGAGAUAACAUCAACGAAAGGAUUCAGGAUCUCAGUCGGCUCGUCCCCACCCACCGUCUGGAGGAUGAGAAGAUCCGAAAGCUUAUCCAGAACGGGACACCUCUCUCUCCAUCGUUGACUGGAAUCGCUAGCCCUCAAGCAACGUCUGGUCUCGCAGGACCAGGAGCUCGAAGAGCCACUGGAAACACCGCAGGUAAUAUUACGACAGGUCUCCCUAUCGAGGACAAGGACAAGGGUCCCAACAAGGGUGACAUCCUCAACGGCGCCGUCAGUUGGACGCGAGAUCUCAUGUGGAUGCUCCAUCUUAAACUUCAACAGCAGGAGGAGAUGAUGAACACUAUCGCUGAACUGGGUGGGCACUUCCCCUUCGAAAUGACAGAAGAUGAGCGACGGAUGCAAACCGAGCUCAUGGACGCUAUAACAAAGAGCGAGAACGGUACUUUCUCUUACUCGCGAACAGCUGGAUCUGGUCUGCGAGUUCCUCACCAUACCGAUUAUCGGGGCGACUCUCUGUCAGGCGGAGGAGGCAGCCUCGAUCCUGUUGCCAUCAGCCCGGAUGACAACCUCGACUUGAAUGACACCAACCAAUUUUGGCACGAUCCGGAUGACAACAACAGUGGCCACGCUUCAGUCAACUUCAAAGAAGAGGAUGAAUAUGACAUGGAUCUUACGCAGUAACGUGAGCAUUUUUCUAGCCCACCUUAUUUGGCCUUUUGGAGCAUGUCUCCUCGAGCGCAGACCACAACUACAGUAGUUAGGUGUCCUCUAUUGCUUCCUUCAGGUGUCGGCGUUUCCGGAAUGUGGUACUGGCAUCAUUCUCAUCAUUGCAUGUCACUAUCCUCCUUGGCUAAGCAUUACAAUGCAGGGCAGUUCAAGGGGCGUGAUCUCUCGGUGUUUUUGGCAUUCUCUCGGUGUUGUCUUUUUCCGUUUCGUUUUGGGGUACAGAAGGCUUGUGACUAGCCGCAUUAUAUGGGAUUACAGGGGCAUGUCCGAAAUACUUCCUUGUGCUGAAGGUGUUGAUACUUGCUGGGUUUCCUUCUUAUUUUUCUCCUUUCGAAGGUAGGCUGGCUAUUGAUGUUGUUUUUCUUUUUUCUUUCAUGUUACGAUACCUUGGGUUACUUUAUGCAUUAAGUCUAGGGCAGUCAAUGAAUGGAUACGAGGUCAAAUCUCGAAUGUAUCUGGUUUAGGAAUCUUCACUUCUCUCCACUCCCCCUUUCCUCCUUGCAGUCUACUACACAUGGUGCUUUUUGGUCCAAAUUUAGGUAACAAGGCGAAUGGAAGUAGAUCCUAUACUGUACUGGAGGAGUGCUCUGACUCAUUGUACGUGCUGCAGUUGUGCAGCUGUUUCGUUGCUUUUUAUUGCCUAGAUACCACAAGCGAGAUACUUAUCAUUAUAAAUAUUUCUAUCCAUGACCACAUCUCUACAUUUGGACACGGAAACCGGGAAGCGUGCCGCAGGAAUUUUAGCCAGCUGGGUCACCAAUGACGGGUACAUAGCAAAUACUCGCUCAUAGCUGUCAGUGUGUUCCAUACCAGCUUCCGCUUCAUGUCCUCCUGUAAAGCGAUGCGUUCCAAGGCACAUCGGCCAUCAAAAUACUUGCACAUAACCUGCCAGCUGUUUGCUAGUUUUUCGUCAUUGAAACGACGGGCGAUGGCGGACAGGUAGCGUGAUUCCUUGCCGGUGGCCUUCUUGGCAUCGAGGAUGAUGUGAGGUGUCAAGCCUUGGAGAUGCGGGUGGUCGUUUACAGAGGGAUGUGCCGUUGCGACUGGGACAGGCUUACGAGCAUGUGCUGUCGCCUUUUCAGCAGCAUCGCGCUGGGCUUUAGAGGCAAUCCGUUCGAGACGGGCUUUCUCUGCGGCCUGCUCGGCAACGGUGGGGACAUGAGAGCCGUCAGUGCCGGAGUGGCCUUCGGAAGACUCGGAGGUGCGUGGGACCGAAGCAGACGUAGAGGCAUCGUCUUUGGCCUCUUUUUCUUUGCUUUUGUACGCAUCUGCAUCCGCGGCGGCACGGAGCUCCUCGGCUUCUAUCUCGUACUCAACCUCGUACAUGAUUUCAGGCCAGACGACGACGUAGGCAAAUGUACAGAGUUGGGUCACCCAACCGCGGCGCAUGAGCCAGGAAAGCAUAAGAAGAUAGGUCGGGCGGUGGGCUUUGCUAGGCGAAAACUGCUUGUAUGGACGAGGUGCUUGUGAGAGCUCAGCGAGGAAGUUUGGAAGUGGUGGAGCCAGGGGGAACGCUCUCUGCCAUUCUAAAGUAUCCAGAGGAAGACGGGAUAAGUCACUAUUGGGAGAUAGUAUAUACUGAUCCUUGGCGUGGAGGGGAGGGAUAGCAAUGGCACGACGCCAGAAUAUAAAAUGCUGAGCAUAUUUUCGCACUUGGCCCAGAGUCAAGAUGUUGCUUUGACCAACUUGGUAGAAUCUAUAGACAUGUUGAGCUAAGUGAAGGGUCGGGGUCAGAUGUGGUGGGUCACAUACGAUUGUGUUGGCUUUGACAGCCGUACAAAUUCAACCAUUGAGGCUGU